GGGCCCUUGGCACUGACGUGGCCGCCGGGAGCCGCCAUCUUGUGCGCAGUGAGGGAGGCUGUGAGGGAGGCGGAAGGCCAGAAGCAGGUAAGGCACCCGGCGGGACCGGAGAGGACGACGACGGAGACCUCCGCAGCCAGGCACCCCGAGACGUCGCCCGAUUUUCUUGGCCAGUGGGUGAAGGACAUCCUCAAACAUGGGAAAUAUUUUUGCCAACCUUUUCAAAGGCCUCUUCGGCAAAAAAGAAAUGCGUAUACUUAUGGUCGGACUGGAUGCCGCAGGAAAAACUACCAUAUUAUACAAGCUUAAACUCGGGGAAAUAGUAACUACCAUCCCUACCAUAGGUUUUAAUGUAGAAACAGUAGAAUACAAGAAUAUUAGCUUCACGGUGUGGGAUGUCGGCGGACAGGAUAAGAUCAGACCGCUCUGGCGCCAUUAUUUCCAAAAUACACAAGGCUUGAUCUUUGUGGUUGACAGCAACGACAGAGAGCGAGUCAACGAAGCCAGAGAAGAGCUGAUGAGGAUGUUGGCAGAAGACGAGCUCAGAGAUGCUGUCCUUUUAGUCUUCGCUAACAAACAGGACCUGCCGAAUGCCAUGAAUGCUGCGGAAAUCACGGACAAGCUAGGACUCCAUUCUCUCCGCCACAGAAACUGGUACAUCCAGGCCACCUGCGCCACGAGUGGGGACGGCCUCUAUGAAGGACUGGACUGGCUGUCCAAUCAGCUCCGAAACCAGAAAUGAAGCCCUGAGUUACUCCUCUUUUCUCCGACCCCUCCCCCUUUCCCCUCUCCCCCUCCUCCUCCUCCUCCUCGCUUUACUCUAAUGUGGCAAACCGUGCUACUCUGUAGUACUGAGUGCCAGAAACUGUUUUCAUCAUCUCUUCUCGUCCACAGGAUUGUCCUUCACCACCACCACCACCACCACCACGCUUUACAUGUGGCAAAACCAUGCCCGGAAAGAAAAGAAAAUAACAGUUUUAGCUUUUUAUUUUCUUAUUUAAUGUAAAUAGUUCUUGUUUUUCCCCACGUGGCGGUUUCUGGUAUUCCUAUGCAAUAUUAUUCGGCUCUUUUUAAAAUGAUGAAAGGUUUUAAAAAAAAACAAACACACAGCCCACCCAAAAACUUUUGAGUGGAUUCGGGAAGGGGAAAAAAAAAUGGUUGCCAGGAAUCUGGUUUUGUUUGUGCCGUGUGUGCGUGUGUGGGCUAGAUCCAAACGAGAUCCCUCUCGGCUGGCAGAUCUGGGCUUGAGGCCUGGUUUCCGCAGCCCUGUUUUUAAGCCUGGGGACGGAGUGUUCUUUUCAAGAAGACGGGGCUGGUGGGGAAGGAGGGCGGGAAGACUUGAACCUGGGACCCUUUGCGAUUUCUGCAGCGACGUGAAGAGAACACCCCGCGAGUUUCGCUUGUUGCCGGUCAUAAAAUUAGCCGCGCUUGGUAUUUUUUGUGAUGGGAGGCGGAUGGGAGAGCGAAGUCAUUGGAGAUUGCAGAUUUAACGAGAAAUUGGGACAACCCCCCCCCCCUUCCUCCCAUGCCCUUGUACUCUUUUAACUGCCCCUUAGAUUUGGAGUUUUUAAAACAAAUAUUUUUCACCCUCCAACCUACGAGUGCCAUCUUCAUCUUCCUCUCUGUCGCUGGGGAGCCUAGCUCCUUCAAAAAGAAAAAAAUAAUAAUAAAUCCUUGAAUUUCUGCAGCCUAGAAUGAUUUCCAAAGACGGUCCUCUUGCACGGACGUCACAACAGCAGCCACAAGUACUGUACUUAAAUAAAAAAGAAAUGUCACACGGGCUUUCCGUUGUUUCAUCCGGGAAAGGGAGGGGGGGGGGUUUGGGAAAAUAGAAAACGCGGGAGUUUGGUAAUCGGACGCCUUCCAUUCUUAAGAGACGUGUCUAGAUUCCAUUUUCGGAACACGAGAAACUCCCCUUUUUAAAAAAUCUCUCCUACUGCAAGGUUUGAGAUUUGCCAUCCCAGAUUUUAACUUCUAUUUUUUUUUUUAAUUUCUUUUUUUUCCUUUUGUAUUUUG